GAGGUUGCGGCAGCCACGCCACAAAAGGGGGCUCUGCUCCCGGCAACAGCCAGCGAGGGAGCUGCGAUCUCUCCUCCUUCCCUCCUCCUCCUCCUUCCCCUCCCACUUCUCCUUGGGCUCGGCGUCGUCUGCACGGGAGCAGAGCAGGAGCCAUCCUUGGCCCUCUCUCAUCUCCGAGGCACUGCCUCCCUGGAGGCGUCGGGGCUGCUGCUGCUGCUGCUGCUGCCGAGUCCACCCUCCAAGGCCCCCGUGGCCCCCUCCUCCUCCUCCUCCUUCUCCGGCGGCAGGUCUCUGACCCGAGGAUGCUCCCCUUCCCGCUGCAGAGGAGGAGCCCGAGCAGCAGGUAAGGGCGCCCUGCUCGCCUCUCCCACCUGGAAGGAAGGAAGGAAGGAAGGAAGGAAGGAAGGAAGGAAGGAAGGAAGGCACGAAGUGAAGAAGGGCGGGCUGGCGGUGUGCCGGAGGCUUGGCCCGCGGUGCAUGGACAGAGCCGGGUCCGGGCCGGGCCUCCCCUCCCCGCUGGAGGCGCCUCCUUCCCUGGGCAGCAGCACCCAUGAGCAGAGGGGCCACCCUGCAGCGCCGGACCACCUACCUGAUCUCGCUGACGCUGGUCAAGCUCGAGUCGGUCCAGCAGCAGCAGCAGCAGCAGCAGCAGGAGCUCCCGGAGAAGGGCAGCGGGGCCGGCGAUGGAAGGAGCCCGUCCCCGGAGGGCCCAGGGGCCCGGCCCGCCAGCCCCGAGCCCGGGCUGAAGGGCCGGCGGGAGGCGGAGGAAGUGCCGGCCAAGGCCAAGCGCCAGGAGCGGACCAUCCACCGCCAGGACGCCCUCUGGAUCAGCACCAGCAGCAGCGCCAGCACCCCGGACUACCUGCUCCAGCUCUCGCCGGCCUCCUCCUCCUCCUCCUCCUCCUUGCCCUCCCCGGAUGGCGGCAGUGGCCCCUGGGAGCCCAAGCCGGUCCCCAGGGCCAGGCUCUCCUUGGGCCCAGCCACGCCGCCCGCCUUGGCCCCCAAGCCUGAAUUGCCAGGGCCCCUGGGGGCUCCCCCUCUGCGCCCCAAGCCCGAGGGAAUGGGCCUGCUGCCCCUUGCCCCAGCAGUGCCCCCCAAACCUGAAGCGGCGAUGGCCCCCAAAACCGACAUGGCCGCACCCUUCGCAGCCUCGUUCCUGGCCCUCAAACCGGAGCCUUCUGUUCCCGGCGUGGCCCCCAAGCCUGAGCCCUUGGUCCCCUUGAUUGCCCCGACUGUGGCCCCCAAGCCUGAGCCAGCCCUGGCCUCCCUUUUUGCAGCCAAGGCCGAGGUUGCAGCAUUGGCCCCCAAGGUUGCCGAGGCCCCCAUCCUUCCAGGGGCUCCGGCCGUGGCCCCAAAGCCCAAAGCCAUCAUGGUGCCGGUCCUUCCCCCGGUGCCACCCAAGUCAGAAGUGGUGGCCCAGGCCCUUGCCAAGGCUGGGCCGAAGGAGACCCUGGAGGUGCCCGGGGACGAGGUGCCAGCCCCUGCCCCUACCACUGCCAGCUGCUCCUCCAGCGCCGCAGCCCCAGGGCGCCGGAUGCUGGUCAGCCAUGCCAGCUGGGGGGGCCCUGAGCCGGGCACCCUGGAACUGAGCGUGGGCCGGGUGGGGGGCUCUUCCUUUUCCCACUCAGGGGCUUCUUCUCCUCACCCAGCGGCUGGCAACCGGCGCCUUCGCCUGGCCACCAACAAGCCUUUCAAGACGGUGACCACCACUGGGGUCAAGGUGAGCGCUGAGCCAAAGGCUGGCAAAGGAAGCCACAAAGGAGGCACCCCCAACCGCCUCUCCUGGCCAGAGAGCGAGGUCAAAGGCCGCAUGAAGGUGGUGGUGGUCAAGGGCAGCGGGGAGACGGUCCCCAGAGGAGGAUCCCGGGCCAAGCUGUCCCCUCACAAAAACAAAAGCAAGACUCUGGACAACAGUGACCUCAACCAUGGUCCAGCUAGCCUGGUCUCUUCUGGCUCCUGUUCUUCGGAGGCAGCUGUAGGGCUGAAGAGAGGCCGGGAGGGUGGCCGGGCCUCUACCCGUGACCGUAAGAUGCUCAAGUUCAUCAGCGGCAUCUUCACCAAGAGUCCUGCUUCCACUCCUACCCACCCUGGGCCUGGCUGGAGCCUUAGCCAGAAGGAGCUGCUCAGCGCUGAGCUGGCCAAGGGAGAACUGCCCAAGGCUGUUGCAAACAGUCAAGAAUGGACUCUUGGCCGCUCCAUCCCCGAACUACGACUAGGCAUCCUUGGGACCAUAAAGAGUGGGAAGUCUGCACUUGUUCAUCGCUAUUUGACUGGUUCCUACUUGGGUCUCGAACCUACCGAAGGGGGGCAGUUCAAGAAGGAAGUGGUGGUGGAUGGGCAGAGCCAUCUCCUGCUGAUUCGAGAGGAAGCGGGGCCUCCAGAUGCCAAGUUUGCAAACUGGGCAGAUGCUGUCAUCUUUGUCUUCAGUCUGGAGAAUGAAGCCAGUUUCCAAGAGCUGACUCAGUACUAUGGGCUCCUUACGAACUACCGUGCAGUCUCAGACAUGGCGCUUGCACUUGUGGGCACUCAGGAUAAAAUCAGCGCUAGCAACCCACGUGUGAUUGAGGAUUCCCGAGCCCGGGCUCUGUGCACAGAAAUGCGCCGCUGUCUCUACUAUGAGACAUGUGCUACUUAUGGACUCAAUGUUGACCGGGUUUUCAGUGAAGUUGCCCAGAAGAUUGUGAAUAUGAAGAAACAGCAGCAACUCCUGGCAUCUUGCAAAUCUCUGCCCAGCACACCCAGCCAUUCAGCUGUCUCCACACCGGCAAGUAAUGGUGGUCACACGAGCGACUACUCCUCAUCUCUGCCUUCUACACCCAACAUCAGCCACCGGGAGCUGCGUAGCGAGGCCUCAGCUAUCAUUGGUACACCAAGCUCCUUACACCGGGGGACCAAACGACGAACCAGCCUUUUUGCUAAUCGCAGAGGGAGUGAUACCGAGAAGCGAAGCUUGGACAGCAGAGGUGAAAACACUGGAAGUGGCCGUGCCAUACCCAUCAAGCAGAGCUUUUUGCUGAAACGAAGCGGCAACUCCUUAAAUAAGGAGUGGAAGAAAAAAUAUGUGACUCUGUCCAGCAACGGGCUUCUCUUCUACCACCCCAGCAUUAAUGAUUAUAUCCAUAGUACACAUGGCAAAGAAAUGGAUUUACUCCGUACCACUGUCAAGGUGCCUGGCAAACGCCCACCGAGAGCCAUUUCAGCCUGUGGGGCCUCCUCAAGCAUCAAUGGCUUGGUUAAAGAUGUGAGCAGUGUCGGAGUUGGGGACACAAGCUCUAGCCCUAGUCCAGGAUUGCUGAAUCCUCCAGCUGACCCAGCAAUCAAGCUCUUGGGCAAACCUGAGCGCCUGCAGCGCUCUGUGUCAUCCUCCAAGGCUGAGGUGGCUCUGGCUGCAGAAGGGCUAUCCAGUCCUGGCAGUGGUGGCAAAGACCCACCCCCUUCCCCUAUGAUUGACAGAAAGAAACAUAGACGGAAGAAACUUACAACACCAUCAAAAACUGAGGGGUCAGCAGGCCAGGCGGAAGCCAAGCGUAAAAUGUGGAAAUUAAAAACCUUUGGUAGUUUAAGAAAUAUUUAUAAAACAGAGGAGGAGAACUUUGAGUUCAUCAUCGUCUCCAGCACAGGACAAACCUGGCACUUUGAGGCCAGCAGUUUCGAGGAGAGGGAUGCCUGGGUCCAGGCCAUCGAGAGCCAGAUCUUGGCUAGCCUGCAGUGCUGUGAGAGCAGCAAGAACAAGGCCCGGAUGGACAGCCAGAGCGAAGCAGUGGCAAUCCAAGCUAUUCGCAAUGCCAAAGGCAACUCCUUGUGCGUAGACUGUGGAGCUCUGAACCCAACCUGGGCCAGCCUGAAUUUGGGAGCACUGAUCUGCAUUGAGUGUUCUGGCAUCCACCGGAAUCUGGGUACCCACCUUUCCCGAGUGCGCUCCCUCGACUUGGAUGAUUGGCCCUUGGAGCUCACACUGGUGCUCACCUCCAUUGGCAAUGAGACAGCCAACAGUGUCUGGGAGAAGUGUACGCAGGGACGCCGGAAACCCACCUGCGAAUCAUCACGGGAGGAACGGGAAUCAUGGAUUCGAGCCAAAUAUGAGCAGCGAUUGUUCCUGGCACCACUGCCCCACUCUGAACUGUCCCUAGGGUGCCAGCUGUUCCAGGCUGUACUGGACCAAGACCUGGGUGCUGUGCUGCUGUUGCUGGCCCACAGUUCCAAGGAACAGAUCAAUGCUCCCACUGGAGACAAGGACCGGCGGUCAGCCCUGCAUGUGGCCUGUGACCUGUCGAAUGUGGUGAUCACUCAGCUUCUGGUUUGGUAUAGUGCUGAUGUGAAGGCCCGGGAUGCUGUUGGGCACACAGCCCUCUUCUAUGCCCGCCGAUCUGGAAGCCAGGAGUGCAUCGACAUCCUCUUGCAACAUGGUUGCCCAAAUGAAGGCUACAGUACUAUCGCCACCCCCGGCCUGCGCCGGAAAAGCAGCAGCGCCAGCGUGGGAAGGACUGAGGCCCGAACUGCCCUGGUGUAGCAUGCCAGGAGGAGCCUCUUCCCCAUCCCAGUGGUGCCAAUGGGGGUGCAAUAACUGAUGCCUCCUCUCCGUAGGGAGACUCCACUUCCUCCAGGCAUCUGGACUCAUAUGCCAGGGAGCUGGGAUCAUGACUUCCUGUCAUGAACAAGAUGUGGCGGUUGCCAUCCAGAGUCCUGCUUCGAUGGCUCUGCUUAGCACAGGCUGCCACCUGGACUGUCUCAGUGGCUCACAGCUCUCCCGACUGCCAGGCCUUGAGCUGCUCUGCUGCUCUCCAGGGCAACAGCCAUCUCUCCGGGGGCGCAUUGAAGAAGCCUGCAGAAAUCCAAGAGCAAUGUGUCCCAGCACUCAGAGGGAAGAAGCAGGGCUCAGGACAGUUUUGACAUCUUCCCAUUUAAUGGGGGACUUUAGGAAAUGAGGGGAGCAAGCAGUUAUUUGGGUUUUUUCCCUUUCUUUCUGUGUUUGUAACAAGCUUUGAAGGUGGAAUGUAAAUCAGUGUUAUUGGAAUGGUCAGUGACCAAUCUUCAACAAACCAGCUUAAAGCAGGCCCAGAAAGUAUGGCAUGGGGAGGGAGUGCUGAAGGAACCUUGAAGGUCUGGCAUUGAGGGUGAAGGGACAUAAUGUCUGAGAGGGAGUCUUGCAGCCACUAGCUUGGCAUAGGUGAGCCCUUCCUCUCAGCUCAUCCUUUAGCUCACUUCAAUUAUCUCUGGGUUCAAGGUGCUGGGCUUAAAGAGUGCAAUCAAGUUGAGGGAACAGAAAAAGUUUCUGUCUACCUUCUCUGCCCUCAUUUUCCAGGAGACAUUUACAGAGAUGAGGGAAAAGACCACCCCACUCAAUGCCAUAAUGAAGGAACAUAAGAGAUAGCUAAGCUGGAGCGAAUCAAGCCUCCUGCAUUCUGCAGUCCAUCUUCUGUCAUCAGCUGGGUCUUCUUUUCAGCAAUAUGGGGAAGAUGAGAAGCCCAGAGCUGACUCUGGAGGUGGAGAGAAAGUGUGGAGGGUAACCAGGAGUACCCUAGUGAUAAAAAAAAAUUCCAACCUCCUGUUCUUCUGGAGAAGGGAUAGACUCCCUAUUUAGCUCCUAGAGCAUUUUGUUUUAUUCCAUGGGGAGAAUCUCUUUUCUGAACAUUUGUUUUGUGACACAUUUAUCUCUGACUGACAUUUAGAGAGGCUGUAGUUCAGACUGCCAGCAUAACAUGUUCCCAUGCAGUCCAGGACACUGGAGGCUUUGUUGUGUGUGUUAAGCCAAGACCCAUCAGCAGGUGCUCCUCUGCUGUGUUCGAUCCCAACUUGCCUUGCCUCUCCCUGAGGCAGACUCAGGAUCACUCCUUCAUCACCUGGCAGCAGCACACAUUCUUUAUCCAAACUGCACUGAAACACAUUCCUUCUGCCAACUCUCCUCAGGCUCCUGGACCUGAGCCUUGCACUGAAAUAAAUAAAGACAGCUAUAUAUCUUAUUAUGCUCCAUUGAAGGCUCAAGGAGGUUGCCGCCUCCUCAUUGUUCUUAGAAAUCUUUCACCCUUGCAAGUAGUUCAAAGAGGCAGCUAAAGAUGAAGCAGCUGGUGGCCAGUCCUGGGGGGGGGGGGUCGGAGCCAUGGUGAGGUGGGUACUGGGCAUCUCUGAGGGAUUCGGCAGGCACUAUCUCAUUUGGAUGCUGAGCAUCCAGCCCAAAAUAUGAGGUGGUGUCCCUGCAAGCAACACAGAUCCUGGAUUUUAAAACAAGUCCUUUUCUUUUUCAGGAUGAUUUGUACAAAGCACCUUUUCUCUCACCCGCCCCACAAGGAUUUCCAUCCUUUUUUGACUACUGUGUCUGUUUUAAUUUAUUGCUUUAUUUGAAGAACCAGGGGUUGGGGGAGGAUAAAAUCCUUCUCUCUGGCUUGGCAGCUCUCCUGGUGCAAGUGUUUACAGGCCUCCUGUCCAUUGCUGUGGCAGAGGCGUCCGUGUGGUUGUGAUGUGGUCUCAGGCUUUAUUUCAAAUCUGCGAUCAGGGUAAUGCAAUGAGUUCCCUCUCCUACCCCUACAUGGGCCAAUCUGGUUUGGGCAGAAUAAACCCCUGCAGUGUCUGGCCCUGACCUGCAGUGCACAAUUCAAAUCCAGCCUGGCUUUAUUCCUCAGGGCUCUGGUUUUCUACCUGCUGGAGCCAAGCUUGUAGGCAAGGAGGCAUGAGUCCACUAAGGCUACAACAGCUGAGAGGCCUCAGGUGUUCUUUGCCUUCUGAACUGGGAAAAGCUCAUGAAUGUAUUGGCGACCAUGUUGCACGAGACUUUUAUCCCACAUCCAUGAGGUGUAAGCAGAAGGGCCUGGUGCCAAGGAGCUGGCCAGGCCUGUUGUUUCUUGCUGCCUCCUCUCCAGGGUACUGUGAACAAAGCUGGAGAGGGGACAUCAAGAAGUAGAGAAGAAAUGAUGCUGCCCUCUAUCUUGGCCUUGGAGACCCAUCUCACCCUUCCUUGAUGGUUAGAGUCUGUGGCCCAGCCUAAGGGGAAAGAAGGCAAAUUGGCUCUUGAAGACUGAAUGUAAUGUAUGCCAUUUUGGCCUGGCAGUUCAGCACAAUGUUCUGGGAGAAUCUCUUGUGCAAGCCUCAGAACUGGGGAAGGGAGAGGUGUGGGGGGUUGUUGGGAGGGACAAUGUGGAGGUGCCAGAGCUGAUACUGUUGGCCCUGUGCAGCUGUUGUAAUCUCUUGGAUUGUAACUUGUAAGUACGUGACAAUGUACGAAGAUGUAAUAACAAUGACCGGUUAUUCCUUCUUG